AUGUACGUCAUCAACGAACCGGAAAUACUGGAUAUGUGCCAAGAAAUUUUGUCGCCAAACAGCAAACAAUCGAGAGCGAAGAGUAAAUGGUAUGCUGGGAAAAUCCCACGAAAUCGAGCUGAACGACUGGUAUCGGCGAAUAACUUACCAAAGGGAACGUUCCUCAUCCGUGAGAGAGAAGCUGAUGGACGAGAAUUUGCGCUGACCAUCCGGGAUUCCGAUGACAUCCGUUCUGUGAAGCAUUACAAGAUCAAACGGCUCGAUCAUGACCAAGGCUUUUUCAUUACGACUAGAAGAACAUUCCGAACCCUGCAAGAACUCGUCGCUUACUAUUCCGAGAUGGCCGACGGGUUAUGUUGCCAAUUAACAUUCCCUGCUCCUCGAAUUGCUCCUACUCGUCCAGAUCUUAGUCAUGAUACUCAACAAAAUUGGGAAAUUCCUAGGAAUCAAUUACAGUUGAAGAGAAAACUUGGUGAUGGAAACUUCGGCGAAGUAAGCUUUGAUUCUAUGCUUUUUAACAAUUCUUGUAUAGACGCUGUAUGACG